CUCCAAGAGAUAAAGAACUGUGUUUUUCCAUAUAUAUUUGGUUUGGUUUUAUAUUUUUGUUCCAAAGCCGAAUGCGUUUUUUUCCAAUUCAAUUCAUGUGUUAAUUGCGUACGACAAUAUCUCGAAAAGACGCAGACGCGAUCCAAUUAAUGCACCCAUGGCAUACAAGAAACGUGCAACACAUCUAAACAUGAUGGUGAUUGGUGGUAAUGAAAACCGUUCGGUCCCAUUUUGCACCUGCGAGUAUCCAGCCGUGACACGAUCACGACACACAGCACGAAAAGUAGAACGCUGUAAGUGUGGCGAGGACACCUCUACGCGGCUCGAUUGGACCUGGGAAGAAGAGGAAACGCAGACGCAUCUGAUCCAAUUAAUGCACCCAUGGCAUACAAGAAACGUGCAACACAUCUAAACAUGAUGGUGAUUGGUGGUAAUGAAAACCGUUCGGUCCCAUUUUGCACCUGCGAGUAUCCAGCCGUGACACGAUCACGACACACAGCACGAAAAGUAGAACGCUGUAAGUGUGGCGAGGACACCUCUACGCGGCUCGAUUGGACCUGGGAAGAAGAGGAAGUACGUAUAGAAAGCAGAAUAAUAAACGGAACGGAAAUUAUCUUCCACCCGGUGUACAGUCAGGGAACAGCAGUAGUUCGUGGAAUGAAGCCAUUGCAGCCUGGAAGACACCAUUAUUGGGAAAUUAAAAUACUCAGUACACUAGCGGGAACGGAUAUAAUGCUUGGAAUCGGAACAGAGAAUGUAGAUCUGCAAUCACACUUAUUCAAGUUUUCCAGCGUUCUAGGCUUAGAUGAUCAAUCCUGGGGAUAUUCAUAUCGAGGCCUUACCCAACACAAUGGUCAGCUCAAAUAUUAUGGCAAAAAGUUCAGUCAAGGUAGAAUAAUUGGUGUUUACGUUGAUUUGCACCGCGGCAUACUGGAGUUUUAUCUCAACCGUCGUUCGCAAGGUCACGCUUACCUGAACAUUCCCCGGGACGGUAACGUACUCAUAUAUCCCAUGGUUUGCUCCACAUCUGCCAAAUCAUCUCUGAAGUUGAUCAACGCGGCUUCGUUUGCCGACAGUCUCGUGUUUAGCUGUAUGAAGAUAAUUUCCAAGUAUCCCAAACUUCUAGAACAAGUUAACGCAAUUCCUGGUUUGCGACAAUUGGCCAACGAUUUGUGGUUCCUUCAAUUUAAGGAACCGAAAAAGACUGACGACUUCCAACUAAAUAAUUUACAGUUGGAAGAUGAAGCACUGCUGUGUGGAUUGAAGAAAAAGAAAUACAAUGAAUUACUUCAUCAAUCACGCGCCGAUGGAAUAGACAUAACUGAAGAUCAAAUCUAUGAAAAUAUGAUCACGCAAGAGAGCAGUGUAAAUCGCAGUAGCAGCAAUAGUAGUAGUAGUAGUAGCAGUGAGGACGAAGAACUAGCUUGGAUGAUUUCAAGAGAGUUUUUCUGCGAUCACUGAUAACAGUCAUUCGCUGAAUUUGUACACAUCGUUAUGAUAGCCUAGCACCACGAAACUCAGAUCUUUGAAGAGAAAACCUUUAUAACAAAGCCAAUUCACGUUCUAAUAUGAUUACUAUUUUUUCUGUUAUAAUGUAUGUAAGUGCCAUAUGUAGUUAACUUGGAGCAUUUAGCUUUUGUUAUAGUAACAAGAUGGCAAGGAAAAAUCGAAUAUACGAUCGCAUUUCUGUCCCAUACCUGCACGCACGAUUUUCAGGUUCAAUAGAAAUGAUCAAAUUCAAGAAAUAAAACUAUUGGUCUGGAGACAAUAAA